AUGGCAACCCUUAAACCCCCUCCAGCGUCGCAUCGCUCAUCCUCAUCCUCGCAUACCCCAACCGGUCCACCAAAAGCGCCCCUCAAAGUGGAUCCCUCGGCCACCAUCGCAGACACGGCCGUCUUCCAGGGAACCUACCCCGUAACCGUCGGCGCGGGGACGGUCAUUCACCCACGCGCGCGGUUCUACGCCUUCGAAGGCCCUAUUUUCGUCGGCGACGGGUGCAUAAUCAGUGAAAAGGCAAUUAUCGGAGCUGCGCCGGGUACAUCAGCGUCGACGAGGCCGUCACCGUCUUCUUCAACGGGUCCAUCUCCUACAUCCUCGUCUACGGACGUCACGCUAUCCACGCCGCAAAUACAAGGACAAGGCCAGGGACAAGAAACAGCUACGCGUAUUUCUUACUUUGUCACCAUCGGUCCGCACUCUACGGUACUUCCUGGCGCAAACGUCCAUUCCUCCGCUACAAUUGAAUCCCUGGUCACGAUAAACCGAUACGCCGACGUUGGCGCACACUCCAAGAUUUGUUCCGGUUGCCAGGUCCCUGUCAACGGGUCUGUUCCAGAGUGGACGGUUGUCUUCGGCUCUGGAGUUGGACAACGGCGGAAAAGAGCGCGUAUUGCGAGAGAGCCCGCACCGGCGGUUAUGGUUGCGGCUCAGGUCGCGCAAUUACCUGUCCCACCGCCUGCCCCGGAGGGGAAAAUCAUUGAGGAUGCGAGGUUGAUGGUCCUUCAGAAGGAGAGGGAGGUUUUGGGAAGGAUGAUCGUGCCUGCUGGGGCUGGGAAAAAGAAAUAG